AUGCACAAGGCCCUAGGGAAUGUGACGGGCAUGGAGAACAAGUGCAGUUUCUCUCCCUUGAACAAAGACCCUGAAACUAUCUCCUUGGUUUGCAUGUUAAAAGAGGUGGAAACAGUCACUCUUACAGUGCUUGAAUCUUUGUUGUCCUCAAUAGCAGGGGCAGCAGCAAGAUCUAAACCAAGUAGCUGGUCUUUGGUCUCAAAACUGAUCCACCACAAGUGUGUCGCUUGCGAGGAAGCAGCAGGAUAUCUUAGUGAAUUUGAAAAGGUGGAUAGUUCAUUGUGCACACUCAUUGGCCACAAGACCAAAUCUGUUAACCAGAUGCCUCUUGAUAAUGUACAAAAUGUAUUAGAGAAAUUGGAAUCAAGUAUUGAAGAUCUUGAAGAAGGGAUAGAGUUCCUAUCAAGGCAUUUAAUCAAAACCAGGGUGUCUCUCCUCAACAUCCUCAACCACUAG